CGGGAUCCAGCCCAGCCACUUGAUUCGCCCGCCUGCUCGCGGCUCUGCUGGCCUCAGCGCGGGACGCUGCGCCCCGGGCAAGUAGGGCGAAGGGACCAGGCGAUGGCUUCGCAAGGGGCCUGGGGGUCUGCAGUCCUCGCCGCUGCCGCCUUCGUGGGACGCGCCAUGAGUUCGCCGCUGGCGGCCUCGGACAGUGGUAGCAGCCACAUGUUGCCCUCCAGGACAGAGACGACCCCGUCACCUGCAAACGAUACAGGGAACGGACACCCAGAGUACAUUGCAUAUGCGCUCGUCCCUGUAUUCUUCAUCAUGGGUCUCUUUGGCGUCCUUAUCUGCCACCUGCUUAAGAAGAAAGGCUAUCGUUGUACCACAGAGGCUGAGCAAGAUGUCGAACAGGAAAAAGUUGAAAAGAUAGAGCUGAAUGACAGCAUAAAUGAAAAUAGCGACACUGUUGGGCAGAUUGUCCAUUACAUCAUGAAAAAUGAAGCAAACGUGGAUGUUUUGAAGGCGAUGGUAGCAGACAACAGCCCGGCUGAUGCUGAAAGCCCCUUGACCCCUACUACCCCCGGGAGCCCUGUGAGUCCUGGGCCCUUGUCACCAGGAGCUACUCCAGGGAAGCACAUCUGUGGCCACCAUUUGCACACCGUGGGUGGAGCUGUGGAGCGAGAUGUGUGUCAGAGGUGCAGGCACAAGAGAUGGCACUUCAUAAAACCCACCAGCAAGUCCAGAGAGGCUCGACCACGACGCCAAGGAGAAGUCACAGUUCUCUCUGUGGGCAGAUUUAGAGUCACAAAAGUGGAACACAAGCCAAACCAGAAGGAUCGGAGAAGUUUGAUGUCUGUUAGUGGGAAUGAAAAUGUCAACGGAGAGGUGCCUGUGACACCGGUGAAACGAGAUCGAAGUGGCACAGAGUAGAAGCAGGGACUUUAUUUGAAGAUUUCUAAGAGACUGAAAACUUACAAGCUAUGAAGUUGCCUAAGGAAGAUUUUUAUAUAUUUUAUAGUCUGUCAUGACGUCAGCAAGCAUGUGGAUACAGCCUGAAAGGGAAUGUUGUUGCUGCGCUGGAUACAGAACUCAGUUUACCUUGAGAAAAGUUUUAGUUUUAAAAAGUCUGAUGAAAAGUUUAUUACAUUUCUAGAAAAGGAAAGAACUUCUUUUUUUAUCUCAUCAACCACCCCCAGCCACCACUUUUCCCAGUCACCCACCUCUGGUCUUGGUGUCCACCCUGCAGUUUUCCCCUUAGGAUCACUAAGUAACGUACAGUGGAACUGUUUGUGUACAGUCUGAGCUCAUGCUGUGUGUGCGUGCGUGCGUGCGUGCGUGCGUGUGUGUGUUGCUAUUACCCCUUGUUGUAAGGUGAUCUUCAUACAUAGUUUGGCUCUUACAAAAGAUGAAUCUUUUGUGGCAAAAGUUCCCUGAACAUAAUCCAAUGUAUCUCUGAGUAAUUGACUCCCCAAAGACCAUAGAGUCAGAUGCGGCCAGAUGCUAGACUUUGAGUCCCUACGCCAAGAAUUUGACAUUCACUCCUGCUACCACCAUGCCACUCCUCAGGUACUUACACAAUGUUGAAGGACCUUUUGGUUUUGAUUUUUGUUUUCAUUUGAGCUAAUCAUUUUUAACUUCUUGGAAUAAAGGGAAUGGCUUAAAUUCACUAAAAAAGAAAAUAGGACAAACUGAGCCCAAAACAAAACAACCCUACUUCUCAUGCAACACAGGCCCAUGCAACUGCUGCAUGUUUUCCUUGUGCUGCUGCUUUCCAUCUUCUAACUAAUGCUUAGUAUUUAAGAUACGUAGUGGCUUCUUUCCCUGAAGGCCUUGAAAUAGUCUCAGGCUCUCCACCCCCACCCCCGUCUCUCUCCAGCUUUAUACUUUAUAAAACACCUGAAAACACAGAGGCAAAAGAUAGUAUUUUUAAUAGGUCUGAGUUUAGGGGUCUGGAAGUCUCCAAGACCAGCCUCCAGCCUCCACGUCAGUGUUGGUAAGGUGCCUUGGGUGCGGCUUUUAUUUCAAAGAGUAAAAAAGCACCUUUCUCAUUUGGCUCCUGAAAAAAUGAUUUCCAUAAAAAUAUACUUCACAGUAUUUUCACAAUAUAAAUACAUAUUUUUGACUCUUUGGCAUCAAACUAAAAAUAUCUAACCUUUUCAAUGAAUGGUAGAUUCAGUUUCAUGUGACUUCUUACUGACCAUUAAUAAACAGCAUCUGUGUGUAGCUUCGUAUAUAUGGCAAAACAGAAAUCAGUAUAAAGUCACUUUCAUUGCAGUCCAGAAAGUACCAGUCUAGUAAUCUUAGGGGUGUGCAUUAGUGUAAAUAAUACAUAGGCCAUCUAGGUCAAUUGUUUUUCUUUAAAAAUUAAACAUAGUAUUUUGCCUAAGAUAUUCAAAUAUUCUGCCCUCUAAAUGUUGAGGUAUAAAAUGUAAGAUAUUCUUCAGCUUUAAUUAUUUUUUAAUUUUAUUCAAGUCAGAGCACUUUUUAUAGCAAUAUAGCUGCCAAGAGAAUAUUCCAAAAUAUUUAAAAUUGUAUUUAUACCGAGAGUACAUUUUAAAUAUUUUCUCAUACUUGAGCAGUUUUUGUCUGGCUUUCUUCCAAAUAUGCCAAAAGUUAAGCAUUCAAUGUUUUCAACACAUAAGCUUUUUACUGGUUUGUACUAUCUGAUGAGAAUUCUCCAGAGUUCCCAAAGCAACUGAUGUUUACAGCUCUUGUGUUUUUCCUCCUUCUUUGAAGGAUCAGGGAUCCAUGAUGAACUCACUGUACAGAACACUAAUAACAGAUACAGCUUCUUGAUGUAAUAAAUGCGUUGGCUACCACCUUGAUGUAAAAACUUCGUAAAGGAAAAUUUUCAAUGUUUUGAAUGUCAACUGUAUUUUUAACUGUCUGGUUUGUACUUUUACAACUUUUGUACUACCAAAGAAGAGUUAAGAAUAAAAACCUUAAACACCA